UCGUGAGUACGGCCGGGUCAGGUGCAGUCAUGGAGGCAGAGGAGGCAGAUGUGGAUGUGGAAGGAGAUGUGCAGGCGGCUGCACAGCCGGGAAAUGAUGAAAACACAGCAUCAGUCUUUCAAGAUCACUAUCUUGAUUCAACAUGGGGAAGGGAGCAUGGCUGUCUUCCUUGGACUCUGGAUAGCACCAUCAGUGCCGAGAACAGAGCUGUCAUCGAGAAAAUGCUGUUGGAAGAAGAGUAUUAUUUGUCUAAUAAAUCACUUCCAGGAAAAUUCUGGAUUAAUCAAAAGGAAGAUGAUAAAAAGCACACCAACAGUCUGCAGAAAACAGCAAAAAUCAUGGUACAUUCUCCUACAAAACCAGCUAGUUAUUCAGUAAAGUGGACAAUAGAAGAAAAAGAACUAUUUGAACAAGGACUGGCUAAAUUUGGCCGGAGGUGGACCAAAAUCGCAACACUAGUUCAGAGUCGCACAGUUUUACAAGUGAAGACUUACGCCAGACAGUACUUUAAAAAUCAGGUAAAGUGGGGUGUGGAUAAAGAACCACCAGCUCGGAAGAGCAGCAGUGAUCUUCAGGUGAAAUCUAAAGACGAGAGGACGAAGGUGCGGGCAGCAUCGUGUUUGAGGGGACGUGCCGAUCCUAACCUGAAUGCUGUAAAAAUUGAAAAGUUAUCUGAUGACGAAGACGUAGACAUCACAGACGAACUGGAUGAGCUGACUUCCCAGACGCCAGAAAAGAAUUCUGGCAGCCAUCUUACUUUAGACAUUCCUAAUAGUAAAAUCUGUGAAGCCAACCGUGGAGAAUUCAUAUGCUCGGAAGGCCCCUUAGCUAAAUCUUCCCGGGAGUAUCUUCAGAACGAGAAAGCAAGUGAGGCAGAAGCAUGUUCAAGCUCAGAAACUGCAGCGUGGGCUAUAAGACAGAGCAGUAAUGGCGAAAACUCAGUCGAAUUAAGUGAGAAGAACAAUAGACUGGCUCAAGGCUACGAUGUGCAAGAUGGGGAAGAAGUAACUGGUGAAACCAAGCCCUCACCCUCUCCAGAGUCCUGUGAGAGUCGGCAGGUGGAGGACAGCCAUGAGGGAGAAGAGCUUAAGCCACCAGAGCAAGAAGUGGAAAUCGAUAGAAAUGCCAUUCAAGAAGAAGAAAAGCAAGCAAUUCCUGAGUUUUUUGAGGGGCGCCAAACUAAAACACCAGAACGCUAUUUGAAAAUUAGAAACUACAUUUUGGAUCAGUGGGAAAUAUGCAAACCGAAAUACUUAAAUAAGACCUCAGUACGUCCUGGCCUGAAGAACUGUGGGGAUGUUAAUUGUAUUGGACGGAUUCAUACAUACCUCGAGUUGAUAGGAGCAAUCAAUUUUGGAUGUGUUGAUGCGUAUGCAUAUGUCAGAAUGAAUUCUUCCCGGUCACUGACUUCAGACGACAGAGCUCUGAAGAAAGCUAAUGGUGAUGAGCAGCCAGGGCCUUACCACCCCUGUUUUGGAGAGCAGGCAAUAUAUAACAGGCCACAACCGGUCGAUAGAGUACGAGUGAGUGACAGGACAGAUGCAGAAGCGGCCUACCAGCUCGCCCGGCGCCUGCAGUCUAUGCGUACAAGAAGACGUAGGGUCCGAGACCCAUGGGGAAAUUGGUGUGAUGCAAAAGACUUAGAAGGGCAAACAUUUGAGCAUCUGUCUGCGGAAGAGUUGGCAAAAAGAAGAGAAGAGGAAAAGUGCAAACCUGUUAAAUCUUCAAAAGUUUCAAAACUACCAAAAAGCUCACUUGAUCCCUUCCAACUGAUACCUUGUAACUUUUUCAGUGAAGAAAAGCAGGAGCCAUUUCAGGUGAAAGUAGCUUCAGAAGCACUAUUAAUAAUGGAUUUGCAUGCUCACGUGUCUAUGGCGGAGGUGAUUGGGCUGUUAGGAGGAAGAUACUCAGAGGCUGAGAAGACCCUUGAAGUCUGUGCAGCAGAACCGUGUAACAGUUUGAGCACAGGACUACAAUGCGAGAUGGAUCCUGUAUCACAAACACAGGCUUCAGAAACCUUGGCUCUGAGAGGCUACAGUGUUAUUGGGUGGUACCAUUCUCAUCCUGCCUUUGAUCCGAAUCCAUCUUUACGAGAUAUUGACACACAAGCUAAAUACCAGAGUUACUUCUCCAGAGGAGGAGCAAAGUUCAUUGGGAUGAUUGUUAGUCCAUAUAAUCGAAGUAACUCUUUACCAUACUCCCAGAUUACCUGCUUGGUUAUAAGUGAAGAAGUUAGCCCUGAUGGUGCCUAUCGUUUACCCUACAAAUUUGAAGUCCAGCAGAUGUUAGACGAACCUCAGUGGGAAUUAGUGUUUGAAAAGACAAGAUGGAUAAUUGAGAAAUACAGGCUUUCCCAUAGCAGUGUCCCCAUGGAUAGAGUCUUUCGCCGGGAUUCUGACCUUACUUGUUUGCAGAAACUUUUGGAGUGUCUAAGGAAAACAUUAAGCAAAGUAGCCAAUUGCUUCAUCGCUGAGGAAUUCUUGACCCAAAUAGAAAAUUUGUUCCUUUCCAAUUACAAAAGCAAGGAAGAAAAUGGACUGGCUGAAGAGAACAGUACAACGGAGUUGUUCUUGUAAUAUUUUAAAAUAGUAUCUACAUGCUUUGACAACUGCAGAUGGCCCCCAUGCUGGCCUUGCCAACCUUGGCCUCCAAGGCCUUAAAGAAGCACAGAUGAGUUUGGACCCAAGGAGGCAUGCAACACAGAAGUUGAUGAAGCAGGCUCCUAGAGAGAAAAGCCCAUCCCAACAGUGUGUGCAGAAGUGGAGGACCAGAGACACCUGAGACCUUCAUCCCAAGUUCUGUCUCUCUGAAGGACAUAGCUGUUAAAUAAUGAGCUUAAAAUUUGUGUCUUGUUCUGCCUUGGGUAAGGAAAAUUAAUAAUAGUACUUCUCCUCUGUUAGACUGGUGUUCUUCAAAAAUAGCUCAAGAAAGCAAAUCAUGCCCUCAGUUAACCUUGGCAUUCUUCUCCAGUGCUGUAAAAUGGCCUGGAGCUCGCAUUGCUGUAGCUGGUUUGACCCUGUGCUCACAGCUCACGAGCUUUUCAGGCCCCAAGUACUUUUGCCCACUUGGACUCCUUCUGUAUGAAAUUUAAAUUUAUAUUUUAUAAUUGUGUUUGUAUACAAUGACGGUAUUCAUAUUUUGAAUUAAAAUAGUCCUUUAUCUAAAAUUUAUAUUAUUUUUACUAAAAAAUUAAGUAAAAUUUUGGUUGCAUGCCCUGGGAGUCUGAGACACUCUGCCUAAUGGACAGCUUGCCCUGUCUGUAUUCAGAGGCCUCGGGAAAAUGCAGCUAAUGUUCCCUGUCCCUUCCCACCACCUCCAGGUUAUCUUUGUCACUCUGCCCAGGAACGCUUUGUUCUUGCCCAUCCUAGCUAGAACUCAGGGCAUUGCUCACUACCAUUCGGUCCUGGGAGAGAGACAGAGACCGGGGCUGGGGUGCGGACACAGAUAGGUAGACAUUUUUAUCCUGGUUUCUACUUUACAGCUUGUGCCACACUUCACAGGGUGAGGCUCCUUUCUUUCUCAAGCCCUUUUAUCCAUCCGUCCUCGCAGCUCCUAGGUGUAAGGUCGUUGUAUCACGUACUGAAAGUGAUAGACAGACCCACUCAGAUUUCCCCGCAGUUUCUCCACAGAGUGCUCCUGCUCCCAGACGGGGUUAGGUGAGGGCUGUGAUGGGCAGACUGCAAGCUCCUUCUGCCUCUUCAGUUCUCAGGACAAAGAAGAUGGCAGCCUCAGAAUGCCAGCCUGAGCUGUCCUGCUUUUUAGGUAACCUUUCCCCAUAUGUCUCUCUGGGUUUGAGUGCAAUGGAAAAGCCGACAGAACCAGUAUGCCCAGGAGUGCUGCCCCGUUCUGUGCCAGCAGAAGCCACCUAAUUGCCCUCCUGCUUGUAUAGCACGCUUGCCCGUCAUCAGCAGGCAUCCCAUGUGGAUUUCUUGUCAGUAGGAGAGCUGGCCACCCGGUUUGUCUUUUUUCUUCUCACCUCUACCACCAAGUGUCACGUGGCAUGAAGGCAGAAUACCUUCACAGAAGCACAAAGAAAAGCACACAUUUUGAUAAACAUAUUCUAUCAGCAUUAACAAAUUUAAUAAAGAAAUUUGAUCUGCAUCUCCACUUUCCUAUUCUUUAAUAACGCUCUUACAACUUAAUAUAUAUCUUUAAUAUGCCCCCCAAAAAAUCACUGUUAGGAGAAUAAUGUAUUGUACUUAGGUUAUUAUUUCUUGACCUUUCCUGAAAGGAUUUAUGUGUGCUUUCAUUUACGGGAAUUUCACUUUCUGGUAUUUCUUCUAAACUACCUCAUUCCCUUAUUGCCCCCACUAAAUCACAAGAAAAUAAAAAUAUCCAAGAGGAACUUAAAGGAUUCUAAAUAAAACUAAAUUAUAAAGGUGAAAUUAACCCACAGCACCUGGGUGGCUUUUAUUUUCCUCCUUCGGUGUUUCUGUCAUAUACUCGUGAGUCCCAGGGAAAAUGCCUGGUUUCUUUUCUCUGAGGUUUCCUAGUAGCUUUCUAGGAAUUCAGUAAAUGUUCUCACCAUUCAUAUUCCUGUUUCACAUAUUAUAAAAUUGAGCCCUGUGUGGCGGCACACACCUUUAAUCCCAGAACUCAGAAGUAGAGACAGGUGGACCUCUUGAGUUUGAGGUCAGGCUGGUCUACAUGAUGAAUUCCAGGAGUAGGACUACAUAGUAAGAGCCUAUCUUUAAAACAAAACAUGACAAAAAAAACGGUCUGCUUUAGCAUAUGAACUCUGAAAUUGUAGUUAGAUUUUAGCAUGGUUUAUGCAGCUGAGUCAUUUGCCUUUAUGUGUGUAGAUUGGAGUUGACUUGCACAGUUGUGUCUUGUGUAAGAUACUGCAUGACAGUUUAUGAACUUGUUGCUGUUUUCCCACAAUAUUGGCAGUUUUUGAGAGUUUUUCAGCACUAAGCAUUUAACAGCGUUCUACAACAAUGAAAUGAUUUAAAACUUUUGUACAUUUAGAUGUUAUGCUAUAUUGUAUAUAUCAACAUUAAGAAUAUUGUAAAUAUCAGUGUCUGUACAAUAAUGGAAGAUUUUCCCCAAAAUAUAUACUCAUCUUUCCAUGUUUACUUGUGACAUAUUAAAAUACCCAAUUUUAAGCUUUGAGAAAUUAUCUUACAAUGAAAGCUAAGGAGAAAUGUGCUGCCAAGUCUGUGUAAGUAAAGAUUUGAAAAUAAAACAGGUGGUUUUCGGUGUCUUUGUAAAUUAAAUGAAAGCUAAGGAGAAAUGUGCUGCCAAGUCUGUGUAAGUAAAGAUUUGAAAAUAAAACAGGUGGUUUUCGGUGUCUUUGUAAAUUAUUAGCAAUCUAUGUAUUGAAUUACAAAAAGAAGGCACUGUCUUAGUUAUCGUUACAUUGCUGUGGC